GCAUCAACAGUUUGAAAUGUAUAAGGAGCAAGUCAAGAAAAUGGGAGAAGAAUCGCAGCAGCAGCAGGAGCAGAAGGGUGACGCCCCGACCUGCGGCAUUUGCCACAAGACAAAAUUUGCAGAUGGAUGCGGCCAUAACUGUUCAUAUUGCCAAACCAAGUUCUGUGCUCGUUGUGGAGGUCGAGUGUCGUUACGCUCAAACAAGGAGGACAAAGUGGUUAUGUGGGUGUGUAAUUUGUGCCGAAAGCAACAAGAAAUCCUCACUAAAUCAGGAGCAUGGUUUUAUAACAGUGGGUCUAAUACACCGCAGCAACCCGAUCAAAAGGUUCCUCGGGGGCUCCGGCAUGAGGAAGCCCCUCAGGAGAAGAGAGCAAAGCUACAUGAGCAGUCCCAGCUCCAAGGACCCUCGGGCGACUUGUCAGCACCUGCAGUUGAGAAAGGUCGCGCUCAUGGGCUCACAAGACAGGAUUCUAUUAAAAAUGGCUCAGGAAUGAAGCACCAGAUUGCCAGUGACAUGCCUUCAGACAGAAAAAGAAGUCCAUCAGUGUCCAGGGAUCAAAAUCGAAGAUACGACCAAAGUGAAGAAAGAGAGGAAUACUCACAGUAUGCUCCUUCAGAUAGCACAAUGCCUAGAUCGCCAUCAGACUAUGCUGAUAGACGAUCUCAACGUGAACCUCAAUUUUAUGAAGAACCUGAUCAUUUAAAUUAUAGGGAUUCUAACAGGAGAGGCCAUAGACAUUCCAAAGAGUAUAUUGUAGAUGACGAAGAUUUGGAGAGCAGAGAUGAAUAUGAAAGACAAAGGAGAGAGGAGGAGUACCAGGCACGCUACAGAAGUGAUCCAAAUUUGGCCCGGUAUCCGGUAAAGCCACAACCUUAUGAAGAACAAAUGCGGAUCCAUGCUGAAGUGUCCCGGGCAAGACAUGAAAGGAGGCACAGUGAUGUUUCUUUGGCAAAUGCUGAACUAGAAGAUUCCAGAAUUUCUCUGCUAAGGAUGGAUAGACCAUCAAGGCAAAGAUCUGUGUCUGAACGUAGAGCUGCAAUGGAAAACCAACGAUCGUACUCAAUGGAAAGAACUCGAGAGGCUCAGGGACAAAGUUCUUAUCCACAAAGGACCACAAAUCAUAGUCCUCCUACCCCUCGGAGGAGCCCUAUACCGCUUGAUAGACCAGACAUGAGGCGUGCUGACUCUCUGCGGAAACAGCACCACUUAGAUCCCAGCUCUGCAGUGAGGAAAACGAAGCGAGAAAAAAUGGAAACCAUGUUAAGGAAUGAUUCUUUGAGUUCAGACCAGUCAGAGUCAGUGAGGCCGCCCCCACCAAGGCCUCAUAAGUCCAAGAAAGGAGGUAAAAUGCGCCAGGUUUCACUGAGCAGCUCAGAGGAGGAGUUGGCAUCCACACCGGAGUAUACAAGCUGUGACGACGUGGAGAUCGAAAGUGAGAGCGUGAGUGAGAAAGGAGACAUGGAAUACAGCUGGUUGGAGCAUGCGUCUUGGCAUAGCAGUGAGGCGUCCCCAAUGUCUUUGCACCCUGUGACCUGGCAGCCAUCCAAAGAUGGAGAUCGCCUAAUUGGUCGUAUUUUAUUAAAUAAACGUUUAAAAGAUGGGAGUGUACCUCGAGAUUCAGGAGCAAUGCUGGGCUUAAAGGUUGUAGGAGGAAAGAUGACUGAAUCAGGUCGACUUUGUGCAUUUAUUACCAAAGUAAAGAAAGGAAGUUUAGCUGAUACUGUAGGACAUCUGAGACCUGGUGAUGAAGUCUUGGAAUGGAAUGGGAGACUAUUGCAAGGAGCCACAUUUGAGGAAGUUUACAACAUUAUUCUAGAAUCCAAACCUGAACCACAAGUUGAGCUUGUUGUUUCAAGGCCGAUUGGAGAUAUUCCUAGAAUACCUGAUAGCACGCAUGCACAACUGGAAUCCAGUUCUAGCUCAUUUGAAUCUCAAAAAAUGGAUCGUCCUUCUAUCUCCGUUACCUCACCCAUGAGUCCUGGCAUGCUGAGGGAUGUCCCGCAGUUCUUAUCUGGACAGCUUUCAAUAAAACUAUGGUUUGACAAGGUUGGUCACCAGUUGAUAGUUACAAUUUUGGGAGCAAAGGAUCUCCCUUCCAGGGAAGAUGGGAGGCCAAGGAAUCCUUAUGUUAAAAUUUACUUCCUUCCAGACAGAAGUGAUAAAAACAAGAGAAGAACAAAAACAGUCAAGAAAACUUUGGAACCCAAAUGGAACCAGACUUUCAUUUAUUCUCCUGUCCACCGAAGAGAAUUCCGGGAACGAAUGCUGGAGAUUACCCUUUGGGACCAAGCUCGAGUUCGAGAAGAAGAGAGUGAAUUCUUAGGAGAGAUCUUAAUUGAGUUGGAAACAGCUCUGGUAGAUGACGAGCCACACUGGUACAGACUUCAGACCCACGACGUCUCCUCAUUGCCACUCCCUCACCCUUCCCCAUAUAUGCCACGGAGGCAGCUCCAUGGAGAGAGCCCAACACGCAGGUUGCAAAGGUCGAAGAGAAUAAGUGACAGCGAGGUGUCUGACUAUGACUGUGAGGACGGCGUGGGAGUAGUGUCAGAUUAUCGACACAAUGGCCGAGAUCUUCAAAGCUCCACAUUAUCCGUGCCAGAACAAGUCAUGUCAUCAAACCAUUGCUCACCAUCAGGGUCUCCUCAUCGAGUAGAUGUUAUAGGGAGGACUAGGUCAUGGUCGCCUAGUGUCCCUCCUCCUCAAAGUAGGAAUGUGGAACAGGGGCUUCGAGGGACACGUGCUACUGGCCAUUACAAUACAAUUAGCCGAAUGGACAGACACCGUGUCAUGGAUGACCAUUACUCCUCAGAUAGAGACAGGGAUUGUGAAGCAGCAGAUAGACAGCCAUAUCACAGAUCCAGAUCAACAGAACAACGGCCUCUCCUAGAGCGGACAACCACCCGCUCCAGAUCCUCUGAACGUCCUGACACAAACCUCAUGAGGUCGAUGCCUUCAUUAAUGACUGGAAGAUCUGCCCCUCCUUCACCUGCCUUAUCGAGGUCUCAUCCUCGUACCGGGUCUGUCCAGACAAGUCCAUCAAGUACGCCAGUAACAGGACGGAGGGGCCGACAGCUUCCACAGCUUCCAGCAAAGGGAACAUUGGAGAGAAAAGACGUGGACUCCACAAGGAAAACAAAUACAGGUGCUAUGGAUAUAGAGGAGAGAAAUCGCCAAAUGAAACUUAACAAAUACAAACAGGUAGCCGGAUCAGAUCCCAGACUGGAACAAGAUUACCAUUCGAAGUAUCGCUCAGGAUGGGAUCCACAUAGAGGGGCAGAUACUGUUUCUACUAAAUCCUCGGACAGUGAUGUAAGUGAUGUAUCUGCGGUUUCAAGGACUAGUAGUGCUUCUCGUUUCAGCAGCACAAGCUACAUGUCCGUCCAAUCAGAGCGGCCGAGAGGGAACAGGAAAAUCAGUGUCUUUACAUCCAAAAUGCAAAACAGACAGAUGGGCGUGUCAGGGAAGAACAUGACCAAAAGCACCAGCAUCAGUGGAGACAUGUGCUCACUGGAGAAGAAUGACGGCAGCCAGUCCGACACUGCAGUGGGCGCCCUGGGUACCAGUGGCAAGAAGCGGCGAUCUAGCAUUGGGGCCAAAAUGGUAGCUAUUGUUGGUCUUUCACGGAAAAGUCGCAGUGCCUCUCAACUCAGCCAAACGGAAGGAGGAGGUAAAAAGCUCCGAAGCACUGUCCAGAGAAGCACGGAGACCGGGCUCGCAGUGGAGAUGAGGAACUGGAUGACACGCCAGGCCAGCCGGGAAUCUACUGAUGGCAGCAUGAACAGCUACAGCUCAGAAGGAAAUCUGAUCUUCCCUGGGGUCCGCCUGGCCUCUGACAGCCAGUUCAGCGAUUUCCUUGAUGGCCUGGGCCCUGCUCAACUAGUGGGACGCCAGACCCUGGCUACUCCUGCAAUGGGUGACAUUCAGGUUGGAAUGAUGGAUAAAAAGGGGCAGCUGGAGGUAGAGAUCAUCCGGGCUCGUGGCCUUGUGGUAAAACCAGGUUCCAAGACACUGCCAGCACCGUAUGUCAAGGUGUAUCUGUUAGACAACGGAGUCUGCAUAGCCAAAAAGAAAACCAAGGUGGCGAGAAAGACACUGGAGCCCCUGUAUCAGCAGCUAUUAUCCUUCGAGGAGAGCCCCCAGGGAAAGGUGUUACAGAUCAUUGUCUGGGGAGAUUAUGGUCGCAUGGAUCACAAAUCCUUUAUGGGAGUGGCCCAGAUACUCUUAGACGAACUGGAACUAUCCAACAUGGUGAUUGGAUGGUUCAAACUCUUCCCUCCUUCCUCCCUAGUAGAUCCAACCUUGGCACCUCUGACAAGAAGAGCUUCCCAGUCAUCUCUGGAAAGUUCUACCGGACCUUCUUACUCUCGUUCAUAGCAACUAUAAAACUGUUGUCACAACAACCAGCGAUACAAAAAAAUAAAUAAAUAAAUAAACAGAAGAAAACGCACAGGUGGAAACCCCUGGUAACACUGCAUGCUUGGUGUUGUGUCUUCGGAGCCCACGUCUAGGGUUACAAGGCAAUCCUGUGUUCUCAGAGGAAGUCGCACGCAUUGCGCCCUAGCAAAGGCCCUCGGGGGAGAGCAGAGCUGGGAGCAGAGCUAUCAGGUUUGGAGUUCAAUAACACUCAAAUUUUGGUCCAAUCUGAAGCCAUGGAUUAAUCUCAAAGAAUCAGUCAGCCCUUUUCAAUGGCACCUUUAUAUUUUUAUCGUUUUUCUUCAUUUAUCUGACCCCAAAGCCCUGUUAUGCCACAGAAAUGGAGCUCUACAGCCAUUAAGCCACAUUACAGGCCAAGGAGCAAAGACCUAGGAAGCAUCAGGUGAAAAGCAAGAGACCAAAGAAGUGGUCAGGAGCAGAGUCAGCCACCGUUCCUGGAGGGGGCUCCAGCAGGGAGAGCGGUAGACUGGGCUGCUCCGGGAGGCAUGUCAUUCACUAAUGCCAAGAUGUGUUGGACUCUGAAAAUCAAAAUUCUGUGACUGCACUGUACUGAAUGAAAUUAAAGAAACUUUUUUGCAUGGACACAGAUUAGCUGAAUAUUUAAAUUAUUUUCUCGGGGCUGCAACUUGCAAAAAAAAAGAAUAAAAAAUCAGCCAUUUUCAACAAUUUAUAUUAUUUUUAAAAAUAAAUUUCACUAGUGCAUGGUUUUAAAAUGGGAGAGAAUGCAACAGGGUGAUACAAAGACACACCAUGUUUAUUCUUUAAUCAUAGUCUGUGUUUUGGCAGACAUUACAAAUGAAAAUACUUUCUAGCAGAUACUUAAAAUUCUCUUUAUGUGACAAUAAGUAUAAUAUAUUCAAUUUAUUUCAUGUUAAAUAUACAGAUCUUAUGAUGUUCAAUAUGUGCAAAUUUUUCACAUCUUUCUCCCUCUUGUCUGCCUCACUUUCUUCUCCCACUUUUGACCUCUUCUUUCCUUUCUCCCUCCUCAGUGAAUCACACUCAACACUGCAGGUCUUUGGCCUGACCCUCUUAUAUCCCAGAUCUGAUUCAGAGCCAUAGAUGCAUCUGAACUCAUGGAUUUCUCAAAUCUGUUCGAGAGCUUUUUUUUAUUUCAAGCAUGUUGAAAGGAUUUUGCAACAUGACUUGGGACAUAAAGCAAGUCAGCACGCAUUUGACAAAGAAGAUACCUGAACAUUUGCAGUUUAUUGUACAGUGCAUGGUAAUUUUUUUCACCUUAAAAAUUCAGUUUACAAGGAAAUCCUAAACCACAUGGCAUUGUAAUGUCUGACAAAUUUGUUUUUAGCACCAGCAUUAGUCAUACAGGGGGUUAAGUAUUAUUUGUAGGUCUUAGGUUUUGUUUGUUUUUUAAUCCGUUAAAGCAGUUUCUUUAGCUGAUUUCCAUUUACUAUGUGAAUAGAGACACUGCUCAACACGUGGAGCCCUGAAACACAGGGCUGUUUAUUAAUUCAUUUUUCUGUAGUAAAAUUAAAUUUUUCACAAAUUAUAUUUCUAAAGAAAUAUAGUAAACAUAAAUUUGCAACAAUUUUAAAGCUCCAAUUUUUAGGUGACUGGAGGAAAAGUCAAUAGUUAUUUGAUGCCAUCACCAAAAGUCUGCAUCCCUUAGUCAGACCCACCUUUGGUUUACAGGCAGCUACCACUGGGUAGCACUGCAAGGUCCAAUUUCUCUCAAGGUCCCCAAUCAACAGGAAAUGUCACUGGUCAAUGUAAUAAAAGCACCCAUCCUUUCUGUUUCUUACACAUGCUUUGAUUACACAUCCUUAAAGAUUGGUUUUAACUUCUUGCAAUAAUUUUUGAAAUCCGUCUACAUCCCAUUUGUUUAAAUGGAGGCCAUGCACACACACACACAAACACACACACAAACUAUUUUGUUUCUCUUUUUUAAUUCAAUGCUGACCAUUGAAAACUGUCCUGCUUGAUAUGGUGCAAAAGUUAAAAUGAGCUAUCACUCAAAAUGCCUUCUCCUAAUGUGGUGCGGCAUGAGCUACACAAGGCUGUGUCUUGAUUUUCUGAGACCUAAGAUGGAUCCAGCUGAGGGAGGGAAAAGAAGGAACAAUUUUAUUGAAAUAAUUUAGACACCUGUGUACCAGCAGCAAUUUGGUUUGAUAGACCCGUAGUGUCUAUGCUCACCCUUAGAGUAGACGCUUAUCAUUCCCUGACACUAAGAUGCAGUCACGUAUUCCUUUCUGCAUAUACCUGUACACACUAUUCCUCAUUUAAUAAGAAGGACAUGACUGUGGAAUAUUUGUACAUACUUGUCAUUAUGCAGUAUUUAUUUAAAAGUUGGUGUACUUUUUUUUUUUUUUAAUUUUCACAUGUCUGCACCUCAACUUGUGCUAAGUCAUGUAAAUAGCACUCUGCCAGUGACCGUUGCCGCCCUGUACAGAGAGUGUUUCAAGUAAAGGGAAUUCCAGUUGGGGAGAAUGGGGGGGAGGGCAGAUUAGUCCUGUAACAAACACCAACUGAUGUAAAUCAAAUUAUUCUGGUGAUGGUAUUUAACACUUUAAAUAAAACAUUUUCUUUACA